AUGCACGGCACGACGAUCCUGUGCGUCCGCAAGGGAGGCAAAGUGUGCCUGAUCGGAGACGGCCAGGUGUCGCUGGGCCACACGGUGGUCAAGCCCAACGCCAAGAAGGUGCGUCGCAUCGGUGAGCACAUCGUGGCGGGCUUUGCCGGCUCCACGGCCGACGCCUUCACGCUCAUGGAGCGCCUGGAGGCCAAGCUGGACGAGUACCCGGGCCAGCUGACCCGCUCGUGCGUGGAGCUGGCCAAGGCCUGGCGGACGGACAAGUACCUGCGUCGCCUGGAGGCCAUUUUGAUCGUCUCGGACCUCAAGCAGUCGUACACGCUGACGGGCAACGGAGACGUGCUGGAGCCCCACGACGGCAUCAUCGGCAUCGGCUCGGGAGGCACCUACGCUCUAGCUGCUGCUCGUGCGCUGAUCGACCAGGACCUGGACGCCGAGACGAUCGCGCGCAAGUCCAUGAAGAUCGCCGCGGAGAUCUGCGUUUACACGAACGACAACUUUGUUGUGGAGAUGCUCGAGGAGGGAAAGGAUGACGUUGUGGAGGACAAGAAGGAGUAA